AUGCCAGACUCGACAUGCGCGAACAUCAUCUCGUUCAAGGGGGGAGCAACGGUCGAUCAGGCCAAACCUCGUAACGAUCUCCUUGUUAUCGAGCUAACAAUUCAUGACAUCGAUAUCGCUAGGGUAUUAAUCGACACUGGAAGUUCGGUUGAUAUCAGCUUCAAAGAUACUCUCAAAAAGAUGGAGAUCGAUCCAUCUGAAAUCAUAGAAAAUCCUAGCCCACUAUUGGGACUCUCGGGAGAAACCACCAUAGCUUUCAGAUCGAUUAAUCUCGCAGUCAAAGCUGGGACCAUGACGAGAGUCAUAGAGUUUCUAGUCGUAGACCGUCCCGCAUCUUACAACGUUAUCAUGGGAACGCCAUGGUUGAAUUCCAUGUGCGCGAUCCCAUCAACGUACCACCUUUGCCUCAAAUUUCCAACUCCUAACGGAAUCGAGGUAAUAUGGGGAAAACCGAGAGUAUCGCGGGUGUGUUUCGCCGCAGAACAAAAACGAAAAAGACCAGACCUCGAAACCAUUCCUAGAAAGGUGAAGAAAAUGGUCUCCGACGAAAACACCCGAAGUCGGAAUUUAGCGGAACUCUUCUGGCAGUCCCGUAAAAUCGUGGCCCUAGAAGAAAUACGCGAACCAACUUGCGAACCCGUGGUGACAGUGCGUCUCGACGAAGCAUUCCCAGAACGAUUCGCCGUAGCAUUGGGAGAGUUCCUCGGUUACCUAGUGACAUACCGCGGUAUCGAAGCUAAUCCAAAACAAAUCAACGCAUUGAUCGAGAUGGCUUCACCCAAGAAUAAGCGGGAAGUCGAGAGGUUGACCGGUAGAGUCGCAGCACUUAACCGAUUUAUUUCACGGUUUAACGAACAAGUGUUUGCCUUUCUACGAUAUCCUACGGGGAAAUAA